UUCCCUUUCGACCUUCUACUGGUAUUACCCAUCGUCCUCCCUUUCGACCUUCCGCUGGUAUUACCCAUCGUCCUCCCUUUCGACCUUCUGUUAGUUUUACCCAUCGUCCGGCAAUGGCCCGCAAGAAGGUGCCCCUCCGCUACAUUGGCAACUCAACACGGCGCCAUACUUAUGUGACGCGCCGCAACAGCCUGAUGAAGAAGGCGGGCGAGUUGGGCAUCCUGUGCAACACCAAGAUCUGCAUGCUGGUGUAUGAUGAGGGUGCCGCGUCGCCGGACGUUUACCCAUCCCACAUGGAGGCGGUGGCUAUCCUGAAUAGGUACAAGAACAUGCCGGACAUGUCGCGGUUCAAGAAGGUGGUGACCCAGGAGGAGUUCCUCACCAAGCAAGUCGCCAAGCUCCAGCAUGAGGCCGACAAGCUCCGGCGCGAGCGUGAGGACCGCGAUACCAGGAUCCUUCUGCACAAGGCCAUGCUCGGUGGCAACCUGAAUGCUGAGGAGGUCACCAGGGUUGGAUGUAAGUUGCAGGAGAUCCGCAAGAGCCUCGCAGAGCGCAUAGCAAAUACCAGCGGGCAGCCGCCGAUCUUCCAGCUCCAAGCGCAAUACGUCACCGGCGGUGUCGACAUGGGGCCUCCGUCGAUGGACCAGGUGCCGCCACAGCAGGAGGGCUGGCAGCCAGAGGUCUUCCAGGCCCAGGCACCACGGGUCACGAGCAACGUCGACAUGGGGUAUCUGCCGACAUAUCAGGUUCCGCCUCAACAGCAACAAGGCUGGCAGCCACAGGUCUUUCGGCCCCAGGCGCCAUACGUCAUCGGCAAUGUCGACAUGGGGCCUCCGCAGAUGUAUCAUGUGCUGCUGCAGCAGCACGGCUGGCAGCCACCGACCUUCCAGCCCCAGGCGUCAUAUGUCCCUAGUAGCGUUGACAUGGGGCCUCCGCCGAUGUAUCAGGCGCAGACGCCAUACGUCACUGGCAGCAUUGACAUAGGGCCUCCACCGAUGUAUCAGGCGCCGCCGCAUCAGCAAGAGGGUUGGCUUGACAUGCAGAGGUCCGAGGGGGCCAGCGCAUUGCUCUACAAUGCUAACGGUACUGGUGGCCACGACGGCGCCGGUACUAGCUCUAGCGUCGGCUUCCCCAUGGAUGAUCUGAUGCAGUUCUUCAACAAUAUGAGAUCCGGGUUGAAGUGAGCGCCGAUCGUGGGGAGCAUCUUCUUCGAGUAGAGGAUCUAUCCUCACAUGCAGUUCAUGGUCAUGCGUGUCGUCUCAUUUUACUUAGUCUUGGCAUGGUUAAGAUGCAGGAAUGGUUGUUAAUAAGUUGAGACAUUCAGUCUCGGUCGUGCUCUUUGAGCGAAGGCAUUUUUAUUCUAGUCGUUGAAAUUGUUAUAUUGGA